GGUAAAUAUGCGGAUAGAAACUUGUUAUUUCUGUUCCUCACCGAUCUAUCCUGGUCACGGUGUUCAGUUUGUUAGAAACGAUGCCACAAUUUUCAAGUUUUGUCGAUCAAAAUGCAACAAGCUGUUCAAGAAGAAGCGUAACCCUAGAAAGCUGCGAUUUACUAAAGCGUCUCGUCGUGCUCGUGGAAAGCUCAAAAAGAAGUUGAAGAAGAGGAUUCAAGAAAAGAAGAGAACAAGUGUUUAUCCGAAUUCUAAAAACUCUUUCGAGCGAAUUGUGGCGUCUAAUCA